AUGCUUUGCGGAGCUGCGCCGCAGAUGCGGGUCCGGUUGUUUGCGGUGGCCAGGUCGCUGUGCCAUCCGGUGCAGGGGCGGGCACAGGGACUGACGAUUCCCGUGGACGCACGGGGUCACGGCACACAGGAGGGAGGAUCCUCGGGUGGCGCGCCGGAGGCCAUGGGGCCGCUUGUGGGCGUCAAGGUUCUUGACUUGGGGCAAGUUGUGGCUGGUAACUUCUGUGGUGCUCUGCUGGCCUACUUUGGAGCCGAUGUCAUAAAGGUGGAACCACCUCGCGGGGAUGCCUUGCGGACUCUUCGAAGACUCGAUGCAACUGGGACGUCACUGUGGUGGAGAGGUUAUGGGCGCAACCGUCGAUGCAUAACGAUUGAUCUUCACAAGGAGGAGGGGAGGGCCAUUGUAAAGAGGUUGUCUGAACGGGUGGACGUCCUUGUGGAGAAUUUUCGGCCUGGCGUGAUGGAAAGAUGGGGUCUUGGACCUUCCGACCUAAAGCCUGACCUCAUCUACACACGCAUCUCAGGGUACGGUCAGACGGGCCCAAAGGCUACAAUGCCAGGGUACGCCAGUGUGUGUGAAGCUUAUGGGGGCUUCCGCCAUCUGAAUGGGUACAAAGAUCGCCCCCCAGUGCGUCCGAAUUUCUCAUACGGAGAUUCGUUGGCAGGAUUGCACGCUGCUUUUGGCACUGUCAUGGCGUUGCUGCAUGAACAAAGGAACGGCGGAAAAUCGGCUGGGCAGGUUGUUGAUGCGUCGAUCAGCGAGUCCGUUUUCAAUAUGUUGGAAGGAUGUGUCUCGGAGUACGCGAUGCAUGGAUACGAUCGCCCACCUUCAGGCUCAACAAUUUCUGAUGUUGUGCCGUCGGGGACUUUCAGAACCCUCGACGACCACUAUGUCGUGAUUGGGGGAAACGGCAACUCGGUGUACUCACGGCUGAUGGCGGCAAUCGGGCGAGCGGACAUGACCACGGAGAACCCCAAAUAUGCGACGGACGCCAAGAGGUGUGAGAGAGAACAAGAAAUAAUGAUGGAAAUCGAAAAGUUUGUGGGAAGCAACUCGUUAGAAGUUGUGCUUCGCGCCAUGCAAGACGCUCGCGUGCCUGCGGGCCCAAUUCUGAGCACUCGGGAGAUCAUGCAGGAGGAGCAGUACAUUGCGCGAGGAAUGUUUCACGAGGCCGCCCCUCCGUCAGGGGGUCCCAAAGUGACGAUCCCGGCGAUGCUACCCAUACUUUCUAAGACUCCGGGAUCCACAAGAUGGGCAGGGCCAGAACUGGGGGAGCACACGUCAGACGUGCUGAAGACUGAAAUCGGCCUCACGGAGAAAGAACUGGCCCAGCUGCGGGAGCAAGUCGUCAUUUGA